AUGAAGUUGCUGGUUAGAUCUUUGAUAUAUGUACAUGAUUUGUUUGGAGUCAUUAAAUGUCAAACAGUCAGACAUAAGUUAGUUUUGGUAAGUUAUUGAUUAAUGAGUUUACGGAAGACUUGAAAAUAACAUCAAGUCAAAAACUGUUGAUUAAAUGUUGUUUACUUGUAGCUACUGGUGUCGAUUGUGAUUGUAAUUGUAUACAAUUAUUGGUGGAAUGUGUCUAUGGCGUGUAUAUCAACUGUAACUGAGAAGACAAGCUUUCAAUAUUAUAAUGAAACCGAGGUUGUGGACGCAAAAAACACGGAAGUGGUGAAACUUGAACAAUCUCAAGAACUUGAUAUUGGAAAGAAGCCAAAGAGCAAUAAGAUUCAUUACGGAGGUGUAAAACUUAAUAAGAAACUUCACCAUGAUGCUGUACAACAUAAGGACAAGAUAACAGAUGGAGAUACACCUCAAAAGAUGCGUUACGAGGUUUAUCAGCCUGACUUUACUUACAGUCAUCCAUAUCAAGGAACUUGCAAGUAUCAUGUGCUUAGAAAAGGUAAUUUUCUUAAAAAUAUCAAAUGUUUUUAAAUUAUUGACUAAUUUUGUUACCUAAAAUAAUUUAGACGAUCGAGACUUGAAAGGAUAUAUCGGUAGCUACGCUCGAGUCAGAUGCAUUCCGAAGAGACCGACUUCUGGAGUUAACAUAAAACAAUAUGAUUCUGGAGAAGUUUUGAUUGGAAAGGGGUUUCCACCUACCUUAAGUCUACAGAACAUACGAUGUCAUGCUCAGGAGAUAACUGGUGCUUUGUAUCCGAAUGCUCGUUCUUUUAGGUACACAGGGCCUAAAAUUGAGGUAAGGGAAGGUAUAUCUGUUUAUUUUAUGUUGUAAAAGUUUAUUUAUAAAUUUCUGAGUGAUGUAAUUUUAGUGCUAUAGCCAAGAAAUGCGAUAGCUAUAUCAUUUCUUUUAUUUUAAUAUGAAUUUACAAUAAAAUAGUAUUGAUAAUGUUGCUUUUAGCUUCCUAAAGGCGUUCCUUUCAACGUGAACAAGACAAUGUUUGCCAUAGAAUGUAAGAACACGAAAAACCUGACAGUUUACAGUAAUGCGUAUGUUAAUUUUGCGAAGGAAAAGGUUUCCAGACAUCAGAAGAGGUCUCGAUUCACAUCUCAAGAUCAGUUUUCUGUUAAUAUUUUGGUGCUGGAUAGUACUUCUAGAAAUCAGUUUUAUAGGUGGGUUGUUAAGCUUAUAAAAAAGUUUCUAUUACAAUGUUUCUAUCACAUUAUAUGUUGGUGUAGUACUAUAAUAACAUUGCACUUUUCAAAUUUUUGUUGUUAAAUGCAUAUUAAACUACUUUUUUAUAGACACGCUCCAAAGUCCUUGAAGUUUAUGAAAGAAAAUGGGUUUAAAAUACUAUUUGGGUACAACAAAGUAAGUGAACUAAUUUCACACACUUUUGUAAGGUUGCAGACAAUUCAGCAGUUAACUUGUUACCUAUCUUGUCCGGUCGUACUAUUGCUUUUGGUGCUAAUAACACGGUGCCAACCAAGUUGAGGUUUUCCAUGAGAGACCUGAUAAGCAGCCGUUACGAGAAAGAAAUGAUUAUUAAGAAAGUAAAAGGUAAGCUUUUUACUUGUUCACUUACGUGCUAAAAAGUUUAUUAUAUUGUGAAAAGUAAUGUUUUUAAAGGUUGAGGUGGGAUGAUGGGGAACAUGUUGUUGAUUUUUUUAGCUUUGAAUUAUACGACCAUGUGGAACGAUGACAUAAUGGUAACUAAGCUUGGACUGUUUAGUUACGGCCAUUUUAAAGGAUUUUCAAAGCCUCCGGCCGAUUAUUACUUUAGGUACGUUUAAAAACUGAGCCAAUUAAGACAUUGGUCAAGCAGUAAUAAAAAUUAAUUUACAAAAAUCUUCUCAAAGUUUAAAAUUUAUUGAUAUUUCAAACUUUUCUAGAUCAUUCUACUCUUAUAUGUACGGUCGAAAAAGCGCCAGAAGACAUUGUGUGGAUGGAGAAUUCGCGACCAGUCGAUUUCUUAAAAUUUGGAAAAAUUUUGCUUUGAAUUUUAAAAAUUCGAAACACUUUGGCUUUACUUUUCUCACGGCUCUAACUCACGAUGAUCCAGCAGCAGUUGGGCUUCUGGAUAAUAAGAUAAAGGUCAGUCUGGAGGAAUUAAAGCAUUCUGGAGCAUUUGAGAACACUAUCUACAUCAUAAUGGGGGAUCAUGGGCACAGAAUCGUAAGUCAUUGUUAAUUUUAUUAGAAAUUUUUUGGUUUUUUCAAUGUUACACUGCCUAAAAUUCAUCUUAUAAAAAGGAUCACCAAUAAUCUACAUAAUUUUAGAGAGCCAUUCAGAAGACUUAUACCGGUCGAAUCGAGGAGAGAAUGCCAUUGUUUUCCAUCAGAUUCCCUGACAGAUUUCAGAAGUUGUAUCCAGAAAAAGCGGCCAAAUUCACAGAAAAUUCGAACAGAUUCGUCUCAAACUAUGACAUUCAUCAGACCCUGAAUGACAUUCUAUUUGGAUCCUACAAUGCAAAGUCUGUGGGUACGUCUUUAUUUAGUGACAUACCUCUAACUCGACAAUGUAACGAUGUUGUCAUACCUGAAAACUACUGUAUGUGCAUGGAAAAGGUUACAGUAACCGAUAGUGACAUUACCUCGAAGCUUUACAAAGCAUCUUUGAAGUAUUUUGAUACAGUAAUACCUACUCUAAAGUGCGUUAAACACUACAGUACGCCAAAAGAAAAGGUUCUUUUCAAUUUCUACAGUAUCAAUCCGCUAGCCAGAUUCGGAAUCCGAGAUAUACGGUAUUUGAAUAAGUUUAAUGCGCAAACCAAAUACAAAUCACCAAAAGACAACGAGAUUUACAUAGCUGAAGGAGUGUACGACAUUACAGUAAACAAACGGCUAGCUACAGUAACCCUGAGGUUCAAAUAUUACCGAAAGACAAAGACCGUCGAAAUGGAGACCAAUCCCAUGAUUAAUAUACAAAAGUGCAAGGCCUUAAUAUUGGAAGAUGUUUGUGAUUGUUUUUGA